CGUGGGUUACGCAGCUUCUACGAUAUCAAGCUUUUCUGCCUUUGUGUGUAUAUGUAUAUAGCUAAUAUCUGAGUCAGAACCAUAGAACCCGACCUGAACCCGACUCUUACGCGUGCGGGAAUCACGCUUGUGCGUCGAACUUUCCUCUACAGUUUAAAUAUAUAAAUGUCUUUAGCUGCCUGCUAGUUCGAUAGUAACGUAAAUGUGUACGACCACAAUCAACCGCAAUGAUUACACAGGAAGAGGGAUGUACAUUUUAGCGAGAUAGUGUAGUCUGUUUGGAGUUAUCAGUGUGACGUCGCACGUCAACGCUAGGAUAGCAAUGUCUAUCUGUGCAAUAUUGAACAAAAUUUAUACAAAAAAAUACACAGAAUAGCGCAGAUAUUAGUCUUAUAUACUAUAAGUCAGAUGUACAGAGUAGUCACUAGGAUUUGAAGCAUGAACAAAGUUCUCCUGUGAGAGCAAUCCUUUAGUUAAUAUGUCAGAAGAUUCAGACCCAGUAUGGACCAAUGGAAUUGUUCCUGAAAUUCCAAAUGUAACAGAUUUGCAUUCAACAGAGUUCGAACGAUUAAAGCUCAUAGUUGUGAAAGGAACUGUAAUGAAGCCAAAUUUGACAUUCAAUGAAUUAAAAUGCCUCGGUCGUAGUAGUGAGGGUUUAGUUCAUGAUAGUGUUAGAAGAUUUAUUUGGCCAAAAUUGUUAAGGUUACCAGAAAAUCAGCCACCAGUAGAAGAUGACCUUGAAAAUGUACAUAAACUUAUAGAUAACGACAUAUAUCAACAAAUAUUGAAAGAUGUUGCUCGUAGUGGGAGUCAUAUGCCAGAUGAUACCUCAGAGGAUGCUAUGAACAAAUUUGAAAAAGAAUUGACACAAAUAAUAUGCUGGGUGCUAUUCAAACAUCCAAAUCUAAACUAUUAUCAAGGAUUCAAUGAUGUGGCUGCUACUGUUUUGCUAGUCAUGGGUUUGCAAGAGGGAUUGUAUGUUUUAGAAAAAAUAUCAUUAACUUUUUUAGAAAGAUUUAUGGAGAAGACUAUGGAAAAAGUCAAUCAGGAACUUUUUUAUAUAUUUGCAUUACUAGAUAGAGAGCAUCCUAAACUUUUAGAGCAUUUAGAAAAUGUUGAGUUAUUUCCACAUUUUGCUCUAGCUGAGUAUACAACAUGGUAUGCUCAUAAAUAUGCAGAAAAUAGAAAGCUGCUGCAUAGACUGUUUGACUACUUUCUUGGCAGUCCACCUUUAAUUCCUUUGUAUUUAAGUACCAAUAUUGUUGCAUAUAGAGAUAAGGAAAUUUUUAAUACUACACCAGAUAUGGGUCAUACCCAUAAAGUUCUUAGCACAUUACCUGAUGAUUUACCAUUUGAAAACUUGUUAUUCUACUCAACAAAGCUGUAUCAGAAAUUUCCUCCAGAAUCGAUAGAUAGUGCCGUGCGAGAAUUUGACUACAGGCGAAGACGCAAAGAACAAGAAUGGAAAAUGAAAGCAGAGGCAACUCGCGUGGAACGAGAGAGACAACGAAAAUUAAAAGUGGCACGCACGCAACCAAGAAUUCCGUACCGUCUAAAAAAUUAUAAAACUAUUACAGUUGUAACUAUUUUAGCUAUAGGUUUAUAUGCCUUUUUAAAAAAUUCGUCAGGGUUUAACUGACAUUAGUUCAACUUUUUUUGUUUUAUUAUCAAUAGGUUCAGUUUACUGUUGUUGAAUAAAACUUUAUUUUAUUAAAUUAUGUACAGAUAUUUUAGACUCAAUUGUCAAUGUCAAAUUCUAUAUAGAUUAUUUUGGAGUUACUUGUAAAAUCAAAAUUAUUUUCGUUAUCAGUUGCUGUACAAAUUGCAAAUUUUUAAUACUUUAAAUGGGACGCUGUUCCUUAUUGCACUCUUAAAAUUUUAGUUGUAAUAUAUAUUUUGAGGAUGAAUGUUUGAAAGUACUGGUGUGAUAACUAUUUUAGUGAAACUCUCAAGCAUUCCUCUGCUGCCUUUAUAUGGUGUUCAAUCAUGAUGAACACUCAGUUGCGAUGUAAUUAUUAUUUCUACAUUGAAUCGCAGUCACGUUUGUUGCAACGUGUAUAAAUUAAAAUUGGUGGAAAGUGAAUUGGAUACUUUUGAUGUAUGUGAAUUCAAAUUACAAAUAUAUUCUGUGAAAAAUAUUGAACGUAAUGUAUUUAUGAUAGAUAAUUGUCAAUGUACGGAAAUUUAGCAUAAAAUUAUCUAUUGUUCAUUAAACAUUUGUUUUCUUAAAGACGAUUGUUAUUUAAUGUAUACUUUUUAGUUUUGUAAGUAAAUAGAACGACGAUUUAUAAAAAAUUAUACAUCUUUAUUCUUAUGAUAUGCUAUGUCGUUCACAUAUUCUGAUUAAAAUUCUUAUAUAUUUAUUUUAUAUCUUCUUUAUAGAAUAUUUCACAGCACCUUUCAGUCAAAAAUCAAAUAUGCUCAAUUUAAUUGUGGAAGUGUUGGAGUAUUAUAAAUUAUAAUAAAAAAAACUUAAUUACCGAA